GUUCAAAAUUUUAAACCAAUAGUUUUGGUCUGAUAAUACGGUUCGGUUCAGAACCGGUGGCCAUGAGCUUAUUACUGGACAGUUGAAUUCAAACAUUCAAAGAACUCAAAUCGAUGUCUUAUAAAACAGUUCGCCACCUUUCUUCUCCGCUGCGAAACUCUGUUCUUCACUAUGCAAUUUCUCCGGCCAGGCAAACCCACGCCCAAAUCCUUGUAAAUGACUACCUUACCGAUGUCACUCUCCAAACUGAUCUCCUGUUAGCUUAUUCUAGAUCCGGGGUUCUUCAAGAUGCUCGCAAAGUGUUCGAUAGAAUGUGUGACAAAAACAUGCAUUCAUGGAACAUUAUGUUGUUUUCGUAUGUGCAGAAUUUUCUUUAUUCUGAUGCUAUUAGUGUUUUUCAUAAGUUUCUAAAGCUUGGUUUUCGACCGGAUCACUAUACCUUGCCUCAGUUGUUUAAGGCAUCUGUUGGAGGAGGAGAUUGUUAUCUGGGGUGGGUGCUUCAUGGGUGGGUGAUUAGACUUGGUCUUGAAGGAUAUGUUAUUGUGGGUACGGCUGUUUUGGAUUUUUAUGUGAAAUAUGGGCAAUUGGUCGAUGCAAAGAGAGUUUUCUCUGGCAUGCCAUUGAAGGAUUCUGGUGUUUGGAAUCUGAUGAUUUCAGCAUAUGGGAAGGCUGGUUUCUGUGCAGAGGCUUACAGUUUGUUUGGAAGUAUGGUUAUGGAAAGGGUAAAGGUCGAUGCUAUGACUAUUCCAAGUAUUUUGAAUGCUUGUGGUGGAGGGGGUGACUUGAUGAAAGGAAAGGAAAUUCAUGGGCAAGUUUUAAAGAAUGUUCUGUUUGAUGGAGAUGUGGCAAUUGGGAAUUCAUUGAUCGAUAUGUAUGCAAAAUGUGGGUGCUUGGGUAAUUCAGAGAAGGUUUUUAGUAGAAUGCCAAAUUGGAAUGUGGUUACAUGGACUGCAAUGAUAUCUAGUUAUGGAAUUCAUGGGAAAGGAGGGAAAUCACUGGAUCUUUUCAGGAAAAUGAAAGAUUGUGGAUUGAAACCUAACCCUGUUACCCUAACUGCCGUUUUGGCUAGUUGCAGUCACUCAGGUCUAAUAGAUCAAGGCCGCACGAUAUUUUAUUCCAUAUUGCCAGAUUGUGGGCUUGAACCUAGCAUAGAGCAUUAUGCUUGCAUGGUUGAUAUUUUGGGUCGCUGUGGACAUAUUGAAGAAGCACUUGGAUUGGUACAGAAUAUGAAAUUAGCAGCAACAGCAAGUGUCUGGGGUGCCCUGCUAGCUGGUUGUGUGAUGCACAAGAAUGUCAAGAUUGGAGAAAUAGCAGCUCAUCAUCUUUUUGAAAUGGAGCCGAGAAACUCUAGCAAUUACAUAGCCUUAUUUCAUAUUUAUGAAUCUCACUGUAUUUGGGAUGGCAUAAUAAGAAUUAGAACAAGGAUGAGAGAACUAGGUCUGGUGAAAACUCCUGGUUGUAGCUGGAUAACCAUUGCGGGAACAAUAUGUAAAUUCUACCAAGGGGACAAUUCCCAUACACAGACAAAUUUGAUAUGCGAUACAUUAGAUCACAUGAUCAAGGUGAUGGCAUUGCCUUGUGAUUUCCAGGAACACUAACUGUACAAAAUUUUGCAAACAACAAUACCCCAAAGAAUUAAUUAUGGAGAGAGUUUGUGCUCAAGAUAUUUCUGAUUGGAGGUGGAAGAGGAGGCUGCCAAAUCAUAAACCUGAGGAUGUUGGUGUGACGAUUUUGUGUGUGAACCUUGACGCACUUUUUCAUUUUUCUUAAUCACCUCGUCAAAGU